AUGGCAAGAAGUGCGCGAUCCUCCGGAAUCAAGAAGAACAAGGCCGUCCUCAAAAAGCGAGUCUUUGGACCCGUCGAGACCGCCCGCAAUGAACGAAUGAAUGCGAAGCUACUCGAGCUUGCUAGUGCGCCAAAAGAGAAGAUGGAGGUCGAGGAGACGAAGCCCGAGGAGGAGAAGGCAGCUGAGGAUGCAGACGAUGACGUCGACAUGGAUCCGUCCAAACCUCGCCGCAGUAAACGCGAAGUCCAACGCCGAAAGUCCGCUCAGGCCUUGAAGUUCGAGCGCAAAUCCAACAAGAAGCCCAGAAAUCAGGUCUCGUUCCCCUCGCACCCGAGGAAGAAGAAGGCGGGAAAGAAGUGA